AUGUGGUAUCAGAGCCAAGAACGUUGUGUGUUGUCUGCGCUUAGCGCCCGUAACGAGACGGGUAGGCAGGGGAUCCUUGUUCGGUGGCGUAGAAAUGGUCGAGGGCGAGGUGUCCAUGAAGACCAAGGCAGAGGUGUCAAGUCAUCAAUUCGAAGUGGGGGUAAGAGUUAUCCCACAACAACACAACGUACGAUCUUGAGGAUUCUUCUCGUGCACGAGGGCGUGCACAUUGAUGGGUGGGGGAGAAUGUCACGACCCGUUUUCUUGGGACGGUUCGUGACAGUCGCGUUGCUUCCGUGGGACCAUUCCACUAGGGCAGGUGAACGUGCUUUAGUGAGGGGCGUGCAGGACUCAGAAGGAAAGAUCACGCCAUGCAUUUUCUACACAUCUGAUGAAAAGGCACGAUUGCGGUGGUCAAGAGACCUUCACGAUUGCUUUGUUACUGCUGUGGAAAAACUUGGUGGACCUGACAAAGCAACGCCAAAAAGUGUUAAAGAGACAAUGGAAGUUGAAGGAAUUGCACUUCACCAUGUGAAGAGCCAUCUUCAGAAAUUUAGACUUGGAAAGUGUAACAUACGGGAUGGAACAAAUCAAUAUAUUAGACAAUCACAAUCAAUGCAUGGCUUAUCUACUAUCACAACUCAACAACAACUUCAGGUAAACAAUAGUUGUGUCAUUCAUGACUCAUAUCACAAUGCAACUUUUUCAUCGGCUACGGUACCACCAACAAUUAAUUCUCUUCAUCAGGACACUUUAAACAAUACAAUUGUUUUGUCAACAACACCACAAUCAAUACAAGCAUCUGUUCCACACAAUCAGUAUCCUCCAUACAAUACUCUUGAAGUGGUGAAAGCACAGCUCAAUGCAUUACAAGAUUCAAGCACUAACCAAACUCAAGAAACACUUUCUCGUGGAACCACCUUAUCGUCUUCUGUCACAAGAGAUGAGGUUGACCCAGUGGAUACGUAUAUUGAUUGGGAUAAAGUUAACGAAAGGGAUAUUGAACUUGAUCUAGUUGAAAUUCUUUGAGGCUUUAGGUUUUGGAGUAAGUCCUUAACCUUAGUAAUGUAAUAUUAUUUGGUACUCGUGUGUUAUUUUGUAUAGAACAUACAUCAUAUGUUUGUAUUCCCAAUCGUAUUGGUUGAAUGAUAUUAAUAUAUUGCAAUCUGCACAGUAAUUAUUCAUCAUUAAAAAAAACACACACACAAUUGACGCUACAAUUUUUGUCUUGCUUAAAAUAAAAUAAACAAAAGUAUUUUACAUACUAGUCUUUUAGUCAACAACUAGAUCGAUGAUUAUUUUCGUAAUUUUUUUUCUUAGGACCUAAUCUAUACAUUUAUCAUGAAAAAUGGAAUGAAACAUGCGUAUAAAAUAAUGACUUGUGUCUUGCUUGCAUGGUUGAACUUUUGGU